AUGAAACAAGUCAUCGACUCGGCCGUCGGCGCACCAAAUCCACCCGGACCGGACGAGAAGCAGUACUCCGAGAAGUCAGGAUCCUAUCAAACUGCCAACAGCAAAAAUGACAAUAAUCUCAUCCCGGGAAAAUUCAAUCCCGAUGCAGACCCUCACACACACUAUGAAUUUGGCGGACCUUGGGGCUCAUUGGGUCUGAUGAUCCUGUUUCCCUGCCUGAUGUACUACUUCUUCAUCUGUUUGUGGUGCUACGAUGGAAAGCUUUCGAGGCCUGACUCUCUUCAUCCUAAAGAGGUUAUCCGAUGGUCGACCGAGUUUUGGCACUUGAUCAAACUGCACACCCGACCUACUUGGAGCGCGACAUAUCUCUACAUGGGCUUGUUGCUCCACCAGGUCUUCCUGGCUUGGUAUAUGCCUGGCGUUCCGCAAGAAGGCCUACCGGUCCCAUCUCUGAAUGGCGGAAAAUUGUCCUACUACUGCAAUGCGCUUUGCUCUUGGUACGCGACACUUGCGACCGUCUUCGUCCUACAUUCCGUUUUGGGAGUCGUCCGACUGGGUGAUGUGUUCGAUCAGCUUGGCCACCUGAUGACCAUCGCCACUAUCUUCGGCUUUGCCAUCUCCCUGUUCUAUUACGUCCUGCCGAUCUUGCAAGGCCAGGCUGUUAGGAUGAGCGGAAAUCACGUUUAUGAUUUUUUCAUGGGGGCUGCCUUGAACCCACGAAUUGGCCACAUUGAUGUCAAACUAUUUGCGGAGGUCCGAAUUCCCUGGGUCCUUUUGUUCAUAAUUUCAGUUGCUGGCAGUGUCAAACAGUACGAAAAGAUCGGCUACGUCACGCCGAAUUCGCUCUUCAUGGUCUACGGAACUGGUCUUUAUAUCAAUGCUUGCGCCAAGGGCGAGGAAUGCAUACCGUUAACCUGGGACAUGGCGUUUGAGAAAUGGGGCUGGUUGUUGAGCUUUUGGAAUUUCGCAGGUGUUGCGUUUACAUACUGCCAUUCAGUGAUUUACAUCACCAAUCAGCCUCCUUCAAAAUAUCACUUCUCAACUUGGUCCUACGCCGCGUUGUACUUGACUUACACGGCGGCUUACUACGUGUUUGAUACUUCAAAUAGUCAGAAGGCUCGCUUUAAAAUGGAGAAUGAUUCAAAAUCUCAAAUCACAAGUAGAAUCUACGGCUUUCCUCAAUUGUCUUAUGGAACCCUGAAGAACCCAAAAGUUUUGGUCGUCGGGAACGGUGAUCGUAAACUUCUUAUUGACGGUUGGUGGGCUGUCUGUCGUCAUCCUAACUAUACUGCGGAUUUCAUUCAAGCACUCUGCUGGGCAGUCUGCUCCGGAACUGGAAGUUUGAUUCCAUACUUUUAUCCCGCUUUUUUUCUGGUGAUGAUCUUACAUCGAUGUACUCGGAAUUUCGAUAGGUGUUCAAAGAAAUACGGAAAAUCGUGGGACGAGUAUUGCACUCUUGUCCCUUACAGUUUUAUUCCCGGCGUCAUCUAA